AUGCAGAAUUGUGAUCUCAAUUCCUAUUAGAUUGGCCUUUCAAGAAAAUAAUAAUUAGGACUUUAUAGUGAUAUUGAAUACUCAUCUUCAAGAUAUUCACUGUCAACAAAUAAUUUAAACCUUAAAAAUUUACAAAACUUAAAAAAUCGCAUUUCCUAAUUGCAAUCAGUACUCUCUUGUAAAUACAGAAAAGGAAGUCUCACCAGAUCUAAGCUAGAUGAUUCAACUAAUCUUACAAAUGAUAAGUCAACCUAUUCUUUAUAGGAACAUAAAUAUAACUUUAUUAAUUUCCCGCAAUAAAGUAUGAAGAGCUCUGAUUAUUUUGUUAUAAAUGAUAUUCCUAGUUAGAAAAUAUAAAAGGAGAAUAAAUCAUAGAGUGAAAGAAAAAAUAAGAGUAUUCUCAAAAAUAAAACAAAUAACAGCUGCUCGACCCAGAAAUUAUCAUAAAAAGAAUUAUUGGAUCAUAAUAUGAAAAAUAUAAAGAUUCAAAAAUAAUGUUAGACUGAUAUUUUGUAAGAAUGUUUAAAGUAGAAUCUCCAUGAUAGGAUAUUAUUUUUAGAAGAAUUGAAAAAGUAAAAGCAAUUAAAAAUAAGAUAAGACUAUAAAUAUCAAAAAAAACAAAUUGAACUUGAGUGUUAAAAUUAAAUCCAAAAGUAAAUCCAAAAUUUUGAGAGGUAAAUAAAAAAUCUAGUUGAAUCAAAAAAAAAUACAGAUUCUUUUUCUCAAAGUCCAUUGAAAUCAUAAAACUCUCCAUAUUUAGCAUUUGGUACUGAAGAAUCUGUGAAAAAAUUCAAAAAAGAAUACAAUGAGAAAACACAUAAAGCUAUAAAAGUAAGAUUUCAAAAUGCAGAUAUAGUAAAAUUCAAAACAGAAUAUGAUUGA